UAUAUGUACGGCCGCGCGUGUGUCCGGGAGAGCAAGGGGAACGGGACCGAGCGAGGAGACGCAGCAAAGAGAGACGAGACCCGGGACACUUUACACAGAGACGACUCCGCACACACGGUGUAUCCCAGCUGCACGCACACAAGAGCGGGGAAGUUUGCAAAGAUGCAGUCGGUGUUCCAGCACCUCAUCCGCCUGCUGCUCGUCCUCAGCUGCCUGCACCUCCACCAGCUGACGGAGGGCUGCUCCUGCGCACCAUCGCACCCGCAGGACGCGUUCUGCAACUCCGAGAUAGUGAUUCGUGCCAAAGUUGUGGGCAAGAAGCUCCUGAGAGACGGACCUUUUGGAACGAUGCGCUACACAGUCAAGCAAAUGAAGAUGUACAAAGGAUUUGACAAAGUCCAGCAUGUGCAGCACAUUUACACGAGCGCCUCUGAGAGUUCGUGCGGCGUCAAGUUUGACAUCAACAAGUACCAGUACCUGAUAACCGGUCGAGUGUACAACGGCAAGGUCUACACCGGCCUGUGCAACUUCAACGUGCAAUGGGACCGCCUCUCAUUGGCCCAGAAGAAGGGGAUCAACCAUCGCUACCAGCUGGGCUGCAGCUGCAGGAUUAAGCCUUGCCGCUACCUGCCUUGCUUUGUGACCUCAAAGAACGAGUGCCUAUGGACGGACAUGCUGUCCCACUUCGGCAAUUCCGGCUACCAGUCCCGGCACUACGCCUGCAUCCAGCAGAAGGAGGGCUACUGCAGCUGGUACCGGGGCAUGACUUCCCGUGACAAAACCACCAUCAAUGCCACUGACCCCUGAGCCUAAUCGCACCCUGCCUGAAACCCACUGUCACUCCCUGACUCCGUCCCUUCCCCGAUCACCACGAGAGUAUUUCAGAACUCUUAAAGCUCACUGGCCUGGGUGACUGCCUCCCUUAAAGGGGGCAAAAAAGAGAGAAAAAGAACAAAUCCAUUACAGUGCCUGUUUCGUAGCACUUCUGAUAGAAAACAAUACCUCUUUUGUUUUACAAAUCACCCUUUCGAACUCUUCGGUUUCCCCACAUGAUACAAUCUGUCUCUUUAGGGUUCAGUUGUGUUAAAUGGCAACAAAGACAAACAGUUGAAGAGCCAAUAACAAGUGCAAGUCCUUGAUUAACCUCAAUUGGGAUAUACAGAGUGAAAAAUGUACAACCAGCAAUGACGAUUAUGUAUAUUUGAGGUGAAAAGCUGUUGCAUUGUUGCUACUAAACUGCACCUGCCAUACAAAACUUGCACGUCUGCUACAGAGACCAGAGCCAAGAAUCUCACAGAGAAAACUGAUUUAAGGCCAAUGUGAAAAGUAUGAUCCCUGAAAAUUAUACCUCGUAUUUUGGCUUCAAAACAAUUUUUGAAAAUGGUAUUGUUUCACAGUGAAGUAUAUUGAUUAUGUUCGGUUUUUACUGUAACGUGUCUUUACAGAUGAUAGCGUCUGUUUCCCUGAGUGUUUGUGGCGUAACACAUUUUGCAGUUAUGCCACAAACAGCAGUCUUUCUGAUGAACACUGAUGAAUAUCAGCAAAAUGCUAAAAAAUGUCUGUCUGUUACAGUGGCUACACAGGGAAGAGCUCAUUUCUUGCAGAGAUGGUGAUAUUUUAUUUUUUGCUGUAUAUAACAUAAGCUAAAGAAAUGAACUAUCAGCUCAGCUGAAACCUCUGUAAUACAUUUAUUUAUGUUUAAUGGAAUACACAUUAACAAUGUGGUGUAUCUGCAAAAAAUAUAUAUAAAUAGUGACAGGCCAAAACUACAUUGUGACAACAAUCACGGCCUGGGCAAUCAUCCAGAAUGAAGGACCAGCAUCUGCAAGUUAUAUAUUAUGGUACUUUUUUUAGUUUUUUUGCUCGAUUUAAGUUCCCCUGACUGGUGGUUGUCUUCACCAAUCCAAUGAAAGUACAGUAUAAGCAGAGGUUUCAGAAGAU